UGUUGAAUAAAAAAUGUCAAUACCAAUACUUCAACCUCGUGUUUUUUAUGGUUUAAAAACUGAUGUUGCUGGUAAUGCACAUUAUAUUUCUGAUAAUGAUGUACUUUAUCCAGUUGGUAAUGCAAUUGCAUUACAUAAUUUUAAUCAACAACAUCAAAAACUACUUAAUUUAUCUGAUAAAAAUCACAUAAAUAUCAUUGCAAUAUCUCCAAACAAAAAACAUGUUGCUGUUUGUGAAAUUGGUGAAAAACCAACAAUAUCAAUUUAUGAUUUACAAAAUUUUCGUCGUCUUAAAGUACUUGGUAUUCCAUAUGAUUGUCCAGAUGUUAAAAAAUUUACAUGUAUAUCAUUUAGUCUUGAUAGUAAAUAUAUUGCAGCUGUAACAGAUCAACCAGAUCAAACAAUGCUUUAUUAUUGUUGGGAAAAAGGAAAAAUAGAAUCAUCAAUUAAAGUAUUAAAUACACAAAAUCAAAAUUCAAUUGUCAAUCAAAUAUUAUGUAAUCCCGGUGAUAUUGGUGUUAUUGCACUUGCUGGUAUAUUUACAUUUAAAUUAUUAACAGUAUCUGAAACGAUAUGGCGUCCAUAUGGUUUUUCAAAAGCUGAAAAUUUAAUAAUAACAUCAAUAACAUGGUUAAAUAGUGAUCGUUUAUUUGCUGGUACUCAUGAUGGUCGUAUAUUAUACAUUGAAAAUGGUGAUUUAACAAAUAUAUAUAAAAUAACAGAAAUAAAUAUGUUAAAUUUAAAAUUAAAAGAAGAAUUUAUCAUUGCAUCAACAUCAUCAAAAAUAAUAUUAAAUAAUAAUGAUAUUAAUGAAAAUGAAAUUGGUUCAUUAAUAUCAUUUACAAAAGGUUUUGUAUUUGCUCAAGGACCAAGUAAAAUAAUUGUAUUUGAAAAAGAUGGUAAUUUUAAAUAUUAUAAAAAAACAAUAUUAAUAAUACCACAACAAAUAACAAAAAAUAAUGAUGAUUAUUUAUCAUUAUAUAAAAUAAAUACAAUAAGUAUUAAUCCAAGUUCAGAUAGAUUAAUUGUAACAUGUGGUUGGUCACAAAUAUUUACUGGUAAAUUAUGGAAUGACGCAAUGGUUAUUGAUUUAACACCAGUUGAUCUUGAUAUACUUGGUCAAUCAUUACAUCAUGGUAAAAUUAAUAGUUUAUCAAUGUGUGCAUGGAAAUCAAUAUUUAUGACAACUGGUAAUGAUGAUCGUAGUAUCAGAAUAUGGGAUUUUGAAAAUGAAAAUUUAAUAAUGUUAAAGUAUUAUCAAGAGGAUAUAUUUUCAGUAGCAUUACAUCCAAUUGGUUUAUUUUGUUUAAUUGGAUUUAGUGAUAAGCUAAGAUUUAUGACAAUUCUCAUUGAUGAUUUACGUGUUAUACAAGAAUUUACAAUAAGAAAUUGUAGAAUUGUAUCAUUCAGUCAUAAUGGACAUUUAUUUUUAGCUGUUAAUGGUAAUGUCAUACAAAUUUAUUCGACAAUUGGAUUUUCAAAUAAGCUUAUAUUACGUGGUCAUAGUGGUAAAAUAAAAUCUGUUAUUUGGUCAAAUUGUGAUAUGAAAAUUGUAUCAAUUGGUAUUGAUGGAUCAAUUUAUACAUGGGACAUAUCAACUGGUUUAAGAAUCAAUGAAAUAAUAAUAAAAGAUGUUGAACUAAAUGAUGUUGGUAUGUUGUCUGAUAAUGAAACAAUAAUUUGUAUUUCAUCUGAUAAAAAAAUUCGUGAAAUACGUGGUGAUGCAGUUGUACGUAUUUUUGAUAUUGAUAAUAAAAGUUUUGAUAAAUUACUUGUUGGUAAAAAUGAUAAUAUAAUGUUUAUUACAAAUCCUGGUGGUAUUAUAUUAUCAUUAAAAUGUCCAAUUUUUGAUCCAAUUGAAUUUGAAUUAUUUAAUAUACAUUCAAGUGAUAUUGAAAAUAUAUUAUUUUCUCUUAAUGAACAAAUUCUUGUUAGUACUGAUAAUGAUGGUAAUAUAUGUUUUUGGAAAAUAAUAACAUCAGAUACAACAACGUCAGGUGAUUUUUCAUAUACAAAUGAAAUAUUAAUUGAUCAAGAUGAGCUUGAAGAUAAAAUUGAUACAAUUAAUUAUCUUAAUACGAGAAUGAAAGAAUUAGAAUCUGAAAAUACAUUUAAAACACGUCAAACUGAAUUAUAUUAUAAUGAAAGAAUAAGUGAAAUUCAUCAAGUUUAUACUGAAGCUAUUGAAGAAUUAAAAUGUAAUAUUGAUAUUAUGAAUGAAGAAAAAACCAUUGAAAUGGAUAAUAUUAAUAGUGAUAUUAUUAAAAUGAAAAAUGAGCAUGAAAAAAUUAUUAAAAAUAUGGAAAUUAAUUAUGAUAAACGUCUUAUUAUUGAGUAUGAUAAAUAUUCAGAUUUUGAAAGACAAUAUAAUAAAAUGCGUGAAAAUUAUGAAGAUAAAUUAAAAGAAUUACAUGAUAAAUAUAAAAUUCAAAUUGAUGAUUUGUAUAAAAAAAUAGAUAUUAUUAUUGAUGAAAAAAAUUUACAAAUUCAAGAUUUACAAAAAGAAAUGCAAAGUCAAAUUGAAUUUCAUGAAAUUAUUAAAUCACAAAUUGAGGAUGAUGCUGAUCGUGAAAUAUUAGAAAUUAAAUCAAAUUACGAAUCAAAAUUAUAUGAUGAAAAACAAAUUAAUUUAAAGCUAACUGGUGAAGCUGAAGUAUUGAAAAAUAAAUAUACAUUACGUCAACGUGAAAUUGAUGAUUUACAUAGACAAAUAAAAAUAAAUAAAGAAGAAAAAAAUAUAUAUAAAAAAAAUAAUAAUGAUUUAGAAAAAGAUAUUAUUGAUUUAAAAAAUGUUAUAAAUGAUCGUGAUUUAACAAUUCAAGAUAAAGAAAAAAAAUUAUUUGAAUUGAAUAAAAAUAAUCAAGAGCUUGAAAAAUAUAAAAUUGUAUUAAAUUAUAAAAUUCAAGAAAUGAAAAAUAUUAUUGAGCCAAAAAAUGAUGAAAUAACAGAAUUAAAAAAAAAAUUAAUUGACAUUGAAUUUGAAUUAACAAGUUAUCAAAAAAAAAAUGAUUAUUUAUUAUUAAAAUUAAAUAUUGCUAAAGAAAAAAUUAUUGGUUUUAAAAAACAAUAUGAUAAUGAAAUUAUUAAAAAUAAAAAAUUACAAAUAUUAAUUGAUAAAAUGAAAAAUGAUUUGGCAAAUGUUGCUGGACUUAUUCAACAACCAAAUGAAUUAAAAACACAAGUUACAAAAUUAUAUCAUCGUUAUAGUGAUGAAAAAAAUUUCUUGAAAUCAAAAGAAGAUAAUACAGAUGCUUAUUGUGAAUUUUUAAAACAAAGAGAACAAUUAGAAAGAACAAUUGCUUUAUUACAAAAAAGAAUAACUAAAUUAACUGAAUCAAAAUGUGCAAAGUGUUUGGAACAAAAAAAAAUUCAUUCAUCUAAAAAUGACCAUGAUCAAGUUGACAAUGACAAUGAUUAAUAAAUACACAAAUUUAUCAUUUUUUUUUUCAUAUAUAAAUUCCAUGAUAAAUUUUAUUUAAAAAAAAAAAAAAACAAAUUUUUUUGUCUGAAUAUUAAUGAAGAAGACAUUACAAUAGAUAAUCUAUUUUGUUUAUAAUUUUACCAUACAAAAUAUUAACCCAAACACUAAAUAAUAUUUAAUUUAUUUUGUAUUUUAAAAGAAAAAAAAAAUUAUAUAUAUAUUUAAAGUACAAAUGGAAUGAUUGCUUUUCUACUUUUUGGAUAAUUGGGAAAUUCUUUUUUAUAAGCACGAUGUUUUCCCAAGGCCCAGACAGCCAUUUGAUAGCCACCAGCGAAAGCAAAUAAUCCAGCUAAAAAUAUAAAAAUAAAUAAUAUGAUUAUUCAAUGUAAUAAAAAAUAAUUAUUUGCUAUUUUAGAUAAAUAUUAGUUGAUUAUUUAAUCAUUUUACCUGGUAAACAGCUUGUCAUAAUUGAAAAUCCAAUCCAGCUUCCAAUUUCAUAAGUAUAAUUUGGACAAGAUACAAAAUUAAAUAAUAAUGUAAAUGGAUUACCAGUUGGAACUGGUAUUUUUCUUACAGUUGUACCAGGUGGUCUUAAAUUUCUCAAAGCAAUGUGAAUACUAAAAUUACCCAAUUCACAAACAGCAAAAUAUACAAGACCAAAUAAUGAGCAUAAUUGUGAUGGUGAUGUAUAUUGUGGAUGAUUAA